CAUUGCUACACCGGCCUUCCGCCGCCACUAGACCCUUGAAGGGUUUUGCUGUCGUCAUUUUCCUACUGACUCUGAUCGUAAUAAUGACUAACCAUUUGCCCAACACGGAGCCCUCAGCUUCAGCGACGUUGCAGCCAAGAGGGGUGGCCGAAGGAGUGUCGGCAAAGUCAAAUCCGUCUCUUUUGAACCAAGCUCCGUUUAAUUGGACAAACGCUAUGUUUUCUUGGCAAAGAAGUGCUUACCAUUUUCAGCCCCAAAAGAAUUGGAUGAAUGAUCCUAACGGACCAUUGUAUCAUAAAGGAUGGUAUCAUCUAUUUUACCAAUACAACCCUUAUUCAGCUAUAUGGGGUAACAUCACAUGGGGCCAUGCUGUAUCAAGGGAUCUCAUUCAUUGGCUCCAUCUUCCACUCGCCAUGGUCCCGGACCGCUGGUACGACAUUUACGGUGUGUGGACAGGAUCCGCCACUCUCCUGCCAGAUGGCCAAAUCCUAGUGCUUUAUACCGGCAAAACCAAUGAAUCCGUACAGGUGCAAAAUCUAGCAUACCCCGCCAACCUAUCUGAUCCCCUCCUCCUCCACUGGUUAAAAUACCCGGGUAAUCCCGUUAUGGUUCCCCCACCCGGUAUUCAACCCGAUGAUUUCCGAGACCCGACAACCGCUUGGCUCGGAUCCGACGGCACCUGGAGGCUCACCAUGGGCUCCAAGUUUAAUUCCACCGCCGGAAUCUCACUUGUUUAUAAAACGACGAAUUUUAGGGAUUACGAAUUAUUGGAUGGAUUUUUACAUGCGGUUCCGGGUACGGGUAUGUGGGAAUGCGUGGAUUUUUAUCCGGUUGCAGUAAACGGGUCGGUGGCGCUGGACACGUCAGCACUUGGGCCUGGAAUUAAGCAUGUGUUGAAGGUUAGUUUAGAUGACACAAAAGUGGACCAUUAUGCAAUUGGGAGUUAUGACCCGAUAGUAGAUAAAUGGACACCCGAUAACCCGGAAGAGGAUGUGGGUAUCGGUUUGAAACUGGAUUACGGGAGAUACUAUGCCUCAAAGACAUUUUUCGACCAACAUAAACAAAGGAGGGUUCUUUGGGGUUGGAUUAAUGAAACUGAUACCGAAACUGCUGAUCUCCAAAAAGGAUGGGCUUCCCUUCAGACAAUUCCCAGGACUGUUCUAUUUGACAACAAGACUGGAAUCAAUUUACUUCAAUGGCCAGUUGAAGAAGUAGAGAGCUUGAGAUUGAACAAUACAGUGUUUAAGGAUGUGUUAGUUGAACCAGGAUCUGUUGUGCCCCUUGACAUUGGCACAGCCACACAGUUGGAUAUAGUAGCAGAGUUUGAAAUAGAGUCAUUGGCGUCUAGUACUACGAAUACGAACUAUGUCGAUGAUUGCGGUGGAGGCGCAGUUGACCGGAGUACUUACGGACCAUAUGGCCUUUUGGUUAUUGCUGAUGCUUCACUUUCUGAGCUCACUCCUGUAUAUUUCCGUCCCCUUCAUGCAUCUAAUGGCAGUCUCGAGACUUACUUUUGCACGGACGAAACAAGGUCUUCUAAAGCUUCCGAUGUGUUUAAACAAGUGUACGGAGGCAAAGUUCCAGUGCUUAACGAUGAGAAUUACAAUAUGAGGGUAUUGGUGGAUCAUUCAAUUGUGGAAAGCUUUGCUCAAGGAGGGAGGACAGUGAUAUCGUCAAGAAUUUAUCCAACGGAAGCCAUCUAUGGGGCAGCAAGGUUGUUCUUGUUCAACAAUGGAACUGGUGUAAAUGUGAAGGCUACACUCAGAAUAUGGGAAAUGAAUUCUGCAUUUAUUCGUCCUUUCCCCUUCGAAGGAGACGAUAGUGUAUAACAAUGAAUGCUGUGCAGGUGGAUAGAUAU